ACGCAUGUGCAGAGACAAAUAUUUGCUAUUUUCGGUCAAUGCGCAGGCGCAAUUGCAAUGGCGGCGAAAACAAAACUUGUCAAAUUUUGCAUCGAAAUAAAUCCAAAUUACUAAUUUCCUCUACAUUUCAAAGUUUUAGUAGGGUGCAAAAAUGAAUAAGGCAGAGGUUAGAAGGGAAAUAGAACGACUGGAGAGAGAAUAUGAAGAGAGAAAAAAGAAAUUGCAGAGAAGCGAUAAAGCAGCUGAAAGAAGGAAGCAUGUCAAAGAUAAACUAAAAGAGAUUUCCACUGUCAGCAAUGAUGAUGGAACAGAGUUGUCCAAAGGCAGCAUUCGCCAGACCAAGAAGAGAUCAAGACUUACUUUUGCAGAACCCCUGGUGGACGGGCAGAGAGACAGAAAACAUAUUGUGUCACCUCCUCAAAACAUUUGUUCCUUAAGUCAUAGUUCGCCUUCUAGAUCUGUGCCUGCCAAUAAAAGUAUUUCAGAUAGACACUUAGAUGUCAAACACACUACAUGUUUUAUUGAAAAUCCAGUUGUUUUGGAACUGAGUCAUGCAGACUGUGAUAAAUGCCUGGUCACAGAAAACACAACUGAAAAACUGUUCAAUGAUGAUCGAAAUUAUGUGUCGAAAAGGAUCUGCAAGGUGGCCAGGAUAACUCCUGUGUCAGAGGCUAAGGAGGGACAUGGCAAAAAUCCCUUGAGCUCAGCUGAUUCUGGCAAAUCUAAAGACUUCAUUACAAACCAGAAUCUAGGUACCAAGAAUAGUCAGGAUUCUCUCACUGUUCCAGAAACUUCCGCAACCCAGGAAUCUAGUUCAAGUGCAUUGUCCGAGGAUUCGUUAUGUUCUAUCAAGCGCCGUGGCCGAAAAAAGAAACAUGGUCACUGGUCUGUUUUAAAAGAUUCUGUUGCGAAUCCAAGUUUAGAGAUUCAGACUUUUAGUGGAACUACUUCUGGGAGUAUUAUCAAUGACAGUUAUCUUGAUUCAUCCAGCCAGUCAAAAGAGUCGCCCAGCUCUCACUCUCAGUGUAGUGGUGCACCAGCUGAGUCAGUGAGCUGCAACCUCCAAGAGGAUACAUGGGAUUCUGAGUCUGACUUGUUUGAGCCUUGUAGCCAGGACUUGAUUGAGUCUCAGUCCUCAAGUCAGGAUGACAGAUCUUUCUUUCCCAUCUUUCCGAGCACGCCUGUCCUGAAUUCCAGAGAUUUCAGUCUUCCCGAUGAGGAAUUUGGAACUGAGAAACUUAGAAAACUCAGUGCUAAGUCCAGGGCCUCUAAUCUUCCUGACAAGGAAAAUGGCAGAGGCAAACUUAGAAAACUCAGUGACAGUGGCAAGUCCGCGACUUUCAAUUCUAGCCAAAGUAUUCAAGCCAAGUCAAACAGAGAUGAUAUGUGUGGUGAUUCAAACUUUUGCUCUGGAAAAACAAGUUGUCAGGAUACUAAGAACUGUUUGAGAGGUUCAAGUCAAAUUUUUUUAUCUGAACCUUGUGCUGUCAGUGAGGGAGAAACACAGUUUUGUCAUGUGUCAGUUGUUUCAACUGAUGUGGCCCAGACUUGCAAGCACCAGAAAAAUGACCGGCUACGAUUGGUGGAUUGCAUCCCAAUUAGGCACUGUAAAUGUUCAAAUCCUGUGCAUGCAAUGACUGCAGGUAUUGUCGAGACCAGAUCCAGCAAAAUUCCCUAUCUUGUAGUAUGCAGCAGUGAUCAAGUCCAGGUCAUUCUUCACCGUGAUAAUCAAUGGUUUCUGUUGUGCCAGUGGAAGUCAGAAAUGGACUUGUCCACCAAGAGUGUUCAUGCCUUCCCCAGAAGGAGUACCAUAGCCUUUGCUGUUCUGAGUCAGUCAGACCAAUCCUGUUCUGCUAGAAUAUUCGCAUGUGAUAUCCGAGGAAAUAAGCUGGAAACCCUUGGGAACUUGUGUGAGAUGACUGUGAAAACAACCGAAGAAAGUCCAUCCAUUCACUGCAUUGUCCAGAGUGAGUUAGAACUGAUCAUGAGUACAAGUGCCAGAGGCAUCAGUGUCUUGAGGAAGUUUACCUUCAAUGAAGACUACACGUUAAUUGAUGCACAUGUGAUAUUCCCAAGAGUCUCUGGUCAUCUCAACUCUUUAGUAGCCAUCCCGACCAUCCCUUCUCUUGUGCUGAGUACAAGCAGUAAUACUGCAUAUCUAUGGAACACUAAUAGUGGUACCCUCUUGACAAGUGUGCAGUUCGCUGUGAUCCUUCCUGUCCGUUCCUGUAUAGCUGCAUUUGAAGAGCAGGGUUUUCUCUUCCUGCCAGUCCUUGCGUCUUCAAAAGUCAAGGAUGAGAUUUCAUUGGUCAUUGUAAACCCAAAGUCGGGAAGAGCCAAGAGUGCAAUAUCAUUUGAAACUGAUCGAAACAAGAGGAUUGUGUCCCUGAGUAUCUUCAAGGACCGUCUUCUUGGUCUUCAUCCCUCGGGAGACGUCACCGUGUGGGACAUUUACUCUGGAGAUGUCAUCGGAUCGUUAGAUAAAGGAUGUGUCCAGUGUCUUACUACAGUCGGGAACUGCAAGAACUUGUUUAUGAUGACGGUCUCUGCUAAACAGGAUCAAUGUUGUGUGAAUAUUUACAGAGAUAUAACAUAACGAAAAGUUUUAUGCCGAAUAUAUCAACGGUGAGUUACCUUGGUACCUGAACCUUGAAGAACCUGUCCAGUGUACUAGUGCAAUAGGACUAUGCCAUUACUGUAGGAACAUCAAAUACACUGUACAUGUAUUUGAAAAACCCUCCAAAUUUAUGCUCUGCAGGGCAUAUUGAAAGGAGCGUCUUUAGAGACUAUUGUCAAAUUUCAUUGAAUGUUUUACACACAUGUAAUUGUACAAUGUUUGUAUGAAGCAAGGUGGUCUAUAAUGCAUUAGCUCUGUAUGACAUUGCAUUACAAUUGGACUCAUAGCCAGCGCAGUGCUGCUGACAAUGUUUAUUUAUUUUAGUGUUGAAAUUAGUGCUGAAUGUUAUAUUUGCUAAAUUUCUUAAUAAAUUCUAUGCAAACAA